CGUCAUAUUUUAUUUUAGCGCCAGGAGUUGCGGACUGUGUUAAGGAUUUUAAAUAAGUUCCUCGCUAAAUUGAAAAGAAUUUUUGUUGCUAAUAUGCGACCCAGCCUGGGUACGCCACAAGGGCGCGGCGGCUGUCGCACCAGUGUCGGCGCACGGCUAACCCAACAGCAAAUGCUGAAGGCCCAACAAGAGGCAGAUGAUGCCGCUGCUAUGGACGCCUUGGAUGAUGCGCUCAUCUUCGACGACGAGGAGGGGGGCACACGCAUUGGAGACAUAUAUAUACCGCCGCCAGUGCCACCGCAUUGUUCCAUGGAGAGCGUCGGCCCGCGCCUGAUCAUCAAACGUAUUGUCAACAACAAUUUCAAGAGCUAUGCAGGCGAGGUGGAGCUGGGUCCAUUUCAUCAUUCCUUUACAGCAAUCAUCGGGCCGAACGGCAGUGGCAAGAGCAACGUCAUUGACUCCAUGAUGUUUGUGUUCGGCUGUCGGGCGAAUCGCAUUCGCUGCAAGAAAUUAUCCACAUUAAUUCACAAUUCCAAGAACUUUCCAAAUCUGACUAGCUGCUCGGUGGCUGUGCAUUUCGAGCAGGUGGUGGACAAGCCGGACGGCAAGUGCGAAACUGUUCCCGGCUCACAGUUCUUCGUGCGACGCACAGCUAUGUCGGAUAACUCGUCCUACUACCAAAUCGAUAAUCAGCGGGCUCAGCUGAAGGAUGUGGCUAAGCUGCUGAAGAAGCAUCACGUAGAUCUCGAGCACAAUCGUUUUCUCAUACUGCAGGGCGAGGUGGAGUCCAUAGCCAUGAUGAAGACCAAAGGGCAGACGGAGAACGAAACAGGCAUGCUGGAGUAUCUGGAGGAUAUCAUAGGGACGCAACGCUAUAUCCGGCCAUUGCAGCAGAUCAAUCAGCGCGUGGAUCAGCUAACGGAUGAUCGCACGGAGAAGCACAAUCGCUGCAAGCUGUCUGAGCGUGAAAUGAAGGACCUGGAGCAGCCCUACAACGAGGCCGUCGAGUAUUUGCGCAAGGAGAACGAAUUGGUGCGCACCAAGAACUGGGUCAUCCAGAAGUACGUAAGCAUCAAGAAGCAGAAGCUGGAGGAGUACAUCAAGGAGCACGACGAGUGCAGCCAGGAGAUAAAGAGCCACGACGAAGGCACCGAGGCACUCAAGAAGGAGCGCGCUGAAAAGGAGCUGAUUAUCCGCAAGGAAAUGGAAGCCUAUGAGGCGUUGGUCAAGCAGCGCGAGGACAUCAAAAAGAAGCUGGUGGGCGCCGAGCGCAGCUACACGGAAGUCCAGAGCGCCAUGGAGAACACGAAUAAGCAGCGCAAGAAGGACAAAGCACAAAUCGAAAAGAAUGAAAAGGAGCUCGAGGAGCUGCACAAGCUGCCAGAGAAGAACGAGCGAGAGAUCGAGGAAUGCCAGCACAAACUCGAACGCCUGGAAAAGGAGAAGCUGGCGCUCAACGAGGAGCUAGAGAAACAGCUGAAGUUACUCAAAGAGCAAUCGGAGCCGCUAACCGAGAAGCGUCUCAAGUUCAGUGACGAGCUGAUUGGACUGCAGGAAGCAGUCAAUACGGCGCGAGAGGAGGUGCAGGUGCACGAAUCGAAGCUAAAGAUACUGAAGCAAGUGGAGACCACAGAGGCGCGCAAGUAUGAAUCCUUAAAGAGCUCCUACGAGGCGGCACAGCAGAGCUUGGAGAGCAUGACCAGCAAGCUGGAGGAGCUAAAUACAAAUAUGCCACAGCUGGAGCAGGAGAUUCGCACCAAGUCAGCGGAGGUGCAGAAGCUAAGCCAUGAGGAGCGCAAUUUGGCGAUGCAGUGCAGCAAGCUGCGCGAGGAGAUCAAUGAGCGCUCAUCGAAUAUGCAAGCUCAGCGCUCGAAUGAUAAAGUCCUGGACUUCCUGAUGCGCAUGAAGGCGGAGGGCAAAAUACCUGGCAUACUGGGACGCCUAGGAGAUCUCGGCGGCAUCGAUGCCAAAUAUGAUAUAGCCAUAUCGACAGCCUGUGGGCGACUGGACAACAUUGUGACGGAUACGUAUGAUACGGCCACGGCUGCGAUUAAAGCGCUCAAGCAAUAUAAUGUGGGUCGAGCGAACUUUAUACCCCUGAAUCGCAUGGAGCACUGGCGCAGCAAAUCCCAUCGCAUCAACACCCCAGAGAACGUGCCGCGCCUUUACGAUCUGGUUCAGGUGGAGGACGAGCGCGUUAGGACCGCCUUUUAUAUGGCAUUGCAUAACACGCUGGUGGCUACGGAUCUGGAGCAGGGCUCGCGCAUUGCCUAUGGCCGUGAACGCUUCCGUGUGGUCACGCUGCGUGGCGAGAUUAUCGAGCAAGCGGGCACCAUGUCCGGCGGAGGCAACCGACCUGUGCGUGGCAAAAUGGGCACACAGGUGCGCACGAAGACAGCCGAGUCCAUGGAAAACUCACAAGUGUCGCAGAAGGCGCUGGAGGAUAUGCAAGUGCAGGCCGAGGAGCUGCAGACGCGCAUCAACUACUGCCAGGAGCAGCAAGGCCGGCUGGAGCGUGAGAUCCAAAUGCUGCAGACGAAUUUGCAGCGCAGCGAAACGGAACAGAAGCGUCUAGCGAUGAGCAUCAAAUCGCAAGAGCAGCAAAUGGCCAGCAGCCUGAAGCAAUGCGAAGCGCAGCGUAAGAAGAUGCAAGCUCACACAACGGACGAGGCUGCCGUCAAGAAGCUGGAGGCGCACAUCCAGAAGGCCAACGAACAGCUGGAGAAGUGCAUCGAUAAUGAGAAAGCGAUGUCAAGUCAGAUAACUGAAGUACAGGCCGAAUACGAUUCUCUGCGCGCAAAUACCGUGAAGCCUGUGGAGGCGAAGCUGAAGAAAACCACGGGACAGAUAGAGAAGCUGGCGGGAAAUGUGCGCUCCUUGAAUGUGGCCCUAACCACGGCGGAGCGCAGCAUUGAGCGUUUGAAGAACAACAACAACAAUUUACGAGAGAAUAUUAAAACAGCUGAGGACAAGCUGCGGUCCCUCAACGAGGAGCGUCAGCAGUGCCAGGAGCGCAAAGAAGAGCUGGAGGAGGAGGCUAAAAAAGCCGAAGAGGCCAUUGGCAAUGCCAAAUCCCAAUCUUCGGAUAUCAAAAAGCAAAUCGAUGAGCUCAGCAAGCAGGAGAAUCAGCGAAAUCUCGCCCGCGUGGAGAUUGAGACGAAGCUGCAGGCGGCGGCGGCCAAGAUGAACGAGGUCAAGUCGGAUAUACCGCGUUGGCAGCAGCAGCUGAAGCCGCUCAAGCUCAAUGAGAUACCAGGAGAAACCAAGCCACUGGCCCCGCUCAAAACACUCACCGAGGAGGAGCUAGAGACCGAGAACCUGGAGGACAUGCAGUAUAAGCAAACGCUGCUCGAGGAGCAGCUGAAAACGAAACCCAAUCUGGGCUUCAUCAAGGAGUUCACAGAGAAGCGCAACAUCUACCUGGAUCGUGUUCGCGUCCUGGAGGACAUCACGUCAAAACGUAACGAGAUGCGCGACAAGUACGAAGAGGUUCGCAAGCGUCGCUACACCGAGUUCAUGGAAGGAUUCAACAUAAUCACGCGCAAGCUCAAGGAAAUGUAUCGCAUGAUAACCUUGGGUGGCGACGCGGAUCUGGAGUUGGUUGACUCAAUGGAUCCAUUCACAGAGGGCGUACAGUUCACUGUGCGCCCGCCCAAGAAGAGUUGGAAGUAUAUUUCGAAUUUGUCAGGUGGGGAGAAGACGCUCUCCUCCCUCGCCCUGGUCUUUGCGCUGCAUUACUAUAAGCCCUCGCCUCUGUAUUUCAUGGACGAGAUCGACGCCGCUCUCGACUUUAAGAAUGUGUCCAUUGUGGGACAUUAUAUAAAGGAGCGCACCAAGAAUGCCCAGUUCAUCAUCGUCUCGCUGCGCGUCAACAUGUUUGAGUUGUCCAACUAUUUGGUUGGCAUCUUCAAAGUGGAUGACUGCACGGAUUCGGUGACUUUGGUUAAUCAUCCGCCUGACCCGCUACCGCCGCCCACACAAUCGCGUCUGACAGCGAGCCAGCAACAAAUAGAUGUAAGCCUGGAGACUAGCCAGAAUGGCGAGUUGGCGAAUGAGUCAGAGCAGCCGGAGCAGCAAUCACAAUCAGAGCCGCCGGAGCAGUUGCCGCCCACGCAGCCAGACCUUUCGAGAGCUUGUGGCAGAGACACAACCUUUGCGCCCACAUUGGAGAGCACGGUGAUAACGCAACCAGUGCAGGAGGAAGUGAAUGAAGUGGCUCCCAAUACCAAUACCAGUGAGCUGUCCAUGAAGAGUCAGAGUACGCUGACCACCAUCAAUGCCUAGGAGCCAUCUACAAAUAUACAAAAUAAACUUAAAUAUCUUUACACAUAACUUUAAUAAACAGUACAAAUCAUGAAU